AUGUAUGACGAUUCUGACUACGAGGAUGAUGAAUUCAACAACUUGGCAUUAUUAUUGUAUUUUCCUAGACGACAGCGAGUAUUCAAACCACGGCCUGAUCAUUUCACUCAUUGGAGGGAUGAUGAAUUCUUUAAUAGAUUUCGAUUAUCCAAAAAUACAGUCCAUUUCUUAUUUGAUUUGAUAGGCGAACGCAUCUGUUCUCCUACUAAUUGGAAUCAUGCUGUAAGUGCAGAACACAAAUUACUCCUUACAUUACGCUAUUAUGCAACGGGCUCCAUGUUGAUUGUUUGUGGUGACUUCAUAGGAAUCCAUAAAUCAACAGCCAGCCGUAUAGUGAAGCUUGUCUCACAUGUUAUUGCUACAUUAUGUUCCGAUUUUAUUCAUUUUCCAAGCAAUGAAGAUGACAUAAAAAAGGUGAAACAAGAUUUUUACGACAUAGCCAAAUUUCCUAUGGUUAUUGGUGCAAUGGAUUGUACCCAUGUAAAAAUAAAAUCCCCUGGAGGAGACAAUGCAGAAGUGUACCGGAACAGAAAAGGAUUCUUUUCCAUAAAUGUACAAACAAUAUGUGAUGCCAAUUUGAAAAUACAAGAUAUUGUAGCUAGAUGGCCUGGAUCUUCCCACGAUUCUACAAUAUUUAAUAAUUCAGCAAUAAGAGGCAAGUUUGAAAGAGACGAAAUGAAAAAUAGCAUUUUGGUAGCCGACAGUGGAUAUGCUCAGCGUAGCUAUGUUAUGACCCUAGUCGGAAACCCUCACACAGUUAUAGAUCCAUUAUCAGGGAUUUCUGCAGUUGCUAUAGACAGAUAUAAUGAGUCUUUAAUUAGAACUCGAAACACUGUGGAAAGAAGCUACGGUGUUUGGAAAAGGCGAUUUCCCAUUUUAGCUACUGGUGUAAAUGUAAACAUUUCAUCUUCUCAAAGUAUUAUUGUAGCUACUGCAGUGCUUCAUAAUAUAGCAUGUAACUUUGGAAAAAUUACACCAAGGGUUUCAACUGAAAUAGAAUCUUCAAUUCGAAUCACAGACUUCCGUAAUCCAGAAGAUAAUAGAACUAGUAGAAAUGCAAUUCAUCAUACUAAUAGAAAGAGAUUUCUUCGAUAUUUCCAAAAUGCAGUUUAAAAUUAUA